AUGCCUGAGCCACUAAAGUGCAAAGGGAGCAUUAUCCCCCGUAGAGUGCGCUUCUCACGUGCAAUGAUCUUCGCCAUCGAGGAGAUUAACAACAGCACGGAGCUGCUGCCGGGCAUCAGACUCGGUUAUCAGAUCUACGACUCGUGUGCCUCGGUGCCCGUGGCGGUGCAUGUGGCAUUACAGCUUUUAAGCAGCCUCGACCCGGAGUUUUACACAGGCGACAACUGCUCACAGUCUGGUAUGGUGAUGGCAGUUGUUGGUGAGUCUGGGUCCACGCAUUCUAUCAGCAUGUCGCGCGUCCUCGGGCCUUUUAACAUCCCUCAAGUGAGUCACUUUGCCACUUGUGCAUGCCUGUCUGAUAAGCAGCAGCACCCGAGUUUCUUCAGAACAAUCCCAAGUGACCAGUUCCAGGCUGACGCGCUGGCCAAGCUGGUCAAACACUUUGGCUGGACUUGGAUAGGUGCUGUCAGGUCGGAUUCAGAUUAUGGCAAUAAUGGCAUGGCGUCUUUCCUGGCCGCAGCGCGCAGAGAGGGGAUCUGUGUGGAAUACUCUGAAGCUUUCUAUCGGACCAACCCACGUAGCAGGAUCCAGAGAGUAGCUGACGUUAUCCGCAGGUCGACAGCUAUGGUUGUUGUGGCAUUUACAUCAACUAUAGAUCUGAGGAUUUUGCUAGAGGAGCUUUCUCUUGAGCCUUUUCCACCUCGCCAGUGGAUAGGCAGUGAGUCUUGGGUAACAGACCAAGACCUGCUGAGGUUCAGCUUCUGUGCUGGAGCUAUUGGAUUUGGCAUUGAGCAAUCAGUCAUCCCAGGUCUGAGAGACUUCCUGCUGGACCUCUCUCCCUCUAAAGUGACUGCCUCUCCACUGCUCACUGAGUUCUGGGAGGAUGCAUUCAACUGCAGGCUGAAAAAAAGGGCAGCCACAAACGAGAGUGUGUGUGAUGGAAAUGAAGACAUAAAGACGCUCCAGACUCCGUAUACUGACACAUCUCAGCUCCGGAUCACUAACAUGGUAUACAAGGCUGUUUAUGCAAUAGCACAUGCCAUUCAUAAUGCAGUGUGUCAGAAAAGAAACUCUACAACUCAGUGUGACAAAUUCAGCAGGAUAGAGUCUGAAGAGGUUCUCAUGCAGUUGAAGAAAGUACAUUUUUCUCAAAAUGGUUAUGAUGUGUCAUUUGAUGCCAACGGGGAUCCUGUGGCCACGUAUGAGCUGGUGAACUGGCAAAAAACUGAGAGUGGCAACAUCGAGUUGGUGACAGUGGGACACUACGAUGCAUCACUGCCGGUGGGCCGGGAGUUACAUAUUAACAGGAACCUCACCUGGGUGGAGGGCAGCACACAAGUACCUGUGUCAGUGUGCUCUGACAGCUGUCCUCCAGGAACUCGUAAAGUGCUGCAGAAAGGAAAACCCAUCUGCUGUUAUGAUUGUUUACCAUGCCCUGAGGGAGAGAUAAGCAAUGCUACAGAUUCCCCUGAUUGUCUCCCAUGCCCCAAAGAGUUCUGGCCUAAUGCAGAGAGGGACACGUGUCUCCCCAAGCCUGUAGAGUUUCUUUCCUUCAACGAGGUCCUAGGAAUCAUCCUGGCUGCAUUCUCAGUUGGUGGUGCCUGUCUUGCCAUUAUAACAGCGGCUGUGUUCUAUCGUCACAGGACAUCCCCGAUUGUCAGGGCCAACAACUCUGAGCUGAGCUUCCUGCUGCUCUUCUCUCUGACUCUUUGUUUCUUAUGUUCAUUAACUUUCAUUGGAGCGCCCUCUGAGUGGUCCUGCAUGCUGCGCCACACAGCAUUUGGGAUCACCUUUGUCCUCUGUAUGUCUUGUGUUCUUGGAAAAACAAUAGUGGUGUUAAUGGCCUUCAGAGCUACACUCCCAGGAAGCAAUGUGAUGAAAUGGUUCGGUCCUCCACAGCAAAGAAUGACUGUAGUGUCUUUCACGUUCAUUCAAGUUAUAAUAUGUACUAUUUGGUUGGUUCUUAAUCCUCCGUUUCCAGUGAAAAACCUCACAACAUACAAGGAGAGAAUCAUCCUGGAGUGUGCAUUAGGCUCAGCUGUUGGGUUCUGGGCUGUGCUCGGGUACAUCGGCCUGCUGGCUGUCUUUUGCUUUGUGUUAGCUGUCCUGGCUCGGAAACUACCUGAUAAUUUUAAUGAAGCCAAGCUGAUCACCUUCAGCAUGCUGAUAUUCUGUGCAGUGUGGAUCACCUUUAUCCCUGCAUAUGUCAGCUCUCCUGGGAAAUUCACUGUGGCUGUGGAGAUAUUUGCCAUUCUGGCCUCCAGUUUUGGACUAAUAUUGUGUAUAUUUGCUCCAAAGUGUUUCAUCAUAUUGUUUAAACCAGAGAAGAACACCAAGAAACAUUUAAUGAACAAAAAAGUGCGCUUCUCACGUGCAAUGAUCUUCGCCAUUGAGGAGAUUAACAACAGCACGGAGCUGCUGCCGGGCAUCAGACUCGGUUAUCAGAUCUACGACUCGUGUGCCUCGGUGCCCGUGGCGGUGCAUGUGGCAUUACAGCUUUCCAGCGGCCUGGACCCGGUGUUUUACACUGGCGACAACUGCUCACAGUCUGGUAAAGUGAUGGCAGUUGUUGGUGAGUGUGGGUCCACGCAUUCCAUCAGCAUGUCGCGCGUCCUCGGGCCUUUUAACAUCCCUCAGGUGAGCCACUUUGCCACUUGUGCAUGCCUGUCUGAUAAGCAGCAGUACCCGAGUUUCUUCAGAACAAUCCCAAGUGACCAGUUCCAGGCUGACGCGCUGGCCAAGCUGGUCAAACACUUUGGCUGGACUUGGAUAGGUGCUGUCAGGUCGGAUUCAGAUUAUGGCAAUAAUGGCAUGGCGUCUUUCCUGGCCGCAGCACGCAGAGAGGGGAUCUGUGUGGAAUACUCUGAAGCUUUCUAUCGGACCAACCCACGUAGCAGGAUCCAGAGAGUAGCUGACGUUAUCCGCAGGUCGACAGCUAUGGUUGUUGUGGCAUUUACAUCAACUAUAGAUCUGAGGAUUUUGCUAGAGGAGCUUUCUCUUGAGCCUUCUCCACCUCGCCAGUGGAUAGGCAGUGAGUCGUGGGUAACAGACCCAGACAUGCUGAGGUUCAGCUUCUGUGCUGGAGCUAUUGGAUUUGGCAUUGAGCAAUCAGUCAUCCCAGGUCUGAGAGACUUCCUGCUGGACCUCUCUCCCUCUAAAGUGGCUGCCUCUCCACUGCUCACUGAGUUCUGGGAGGAUGCAUUCAACUGCAGGCUGAGAAAAAGUGCAGCCACAAACGAGAGUGUGUGUGAUGGAAGUGAAGACAUAAAGACGCUCCAGACUCUGUACACUGACACAUCUCAGCUCCGGAUCACUAACAUGAUAUACAAGGCUGUUUAUGCAAUAGCACAUGCCAUUCAUAAUGCAGUGUGUCAGGAAAGAAACUCUACAACUCAGUGUGACAAAUUCAGCAGGAUAGAGUCUGAAGAGGUCAUAUUUACUUCAUCCUCACAGGUUCUCAUGCAGUUAAAGAAUGUAAAUUUUUCUCAAAAUGGUUAUGAUGUGUCAUUUGAUGCCAACGGGGAUCCUGUGGCCACAUAUGAGCUGGUGAACUGGCAAAAAACUGAGAGUGGCAACAUGGAGUUGGUGACAGUGGGACAUUACGAUGCAUCACUGCCGGUGGGCCGGGAGUUACAAAUCAACAGGAACCUCACCUGGGUGGAGGGCAGCACACAAGUACCUGUGUCAGUGUGCUCUGACAGCUGUCCUCCAGGAACUCGUAAAGUGCUGCAGAAAGGAAAACCCAUCUGCUGUUAUGAUUGUUUACCAUGUCCUGAGGGAGAGAUUAGCAACACUACAGAUUCCCCUGAUUGCUUCCCAUGCCUCAAGGAGUUCUGGCCUAAUGCAGAGAGGGACACGUGUCUCCCCAAGCCUGUAGAGUUUCUUUCCAUCAACGAGGUCCUAGGAAUCAUCCUGGCUGCAUUCUCAGUUGGUGGUGCCUGUCUUGCCAUUAUAACAGCGGCUGUGUUCUAUCAUCACAGGACAUCCCCAAUUGUCAGGGCCAACAACUCUGAGCUGAGCUUCCUGCUGCUCUUCUCUCUGACUCUGUGUUUCUUAUGUUCGUUAACUUUCAUUGGAGCGCCCUCUGAGUGGUCCUGCAUGCUGCGCCACACAGCAUUUGGGAUCACCUUUGUCCUCUGUAUGUCUUGUGUUCUUGGAAAAACAAUAGUGGUGUUAAUGGCCUUCAGAGCUACACUCCCAGGAAGCAAUGUGAUGAAAUGGUUUGGUCCUCCACAGCAAAGAAUGACUGUAGUGUCUUUCACAUUCAUUCAAGUUAUAAUAUGUACUAUUUGGUUGGUUCUUAAUCCUCCAUUUCCAAUGAAAAACUUAACAACAUACAAGGAGAGAAUCAUCCUGGAGUGUGCAUUAGGCUCAGCUGUUGGGUUCUGGGCUGUGCUCGGGUACAUCGGCCUGCUGGCUGUCUUUUGCUUUGUGUUAGCUGUCCUGGCUCGGAAACUACCUGAUAAUUUUAAUGAAGCCAAGCUGAUCACCUUCAGCAUGCUGAUAUUCUGUGCAGUGUGGAUCACCUUUAUCCCUGCAUAUGUCAGCUCUCCUGGGAAAUUCACUGUGGCUGUGGAGAUAUUUGCCAUUCUGGCCUCCAGUUUUGGACUGAUAUUGUGUAUAUUUGCUCCAAAGUGUUUCAUCAUAUUGUUUAAGCCAGAGAAGAACACCAAGAAACAUUUAAUGAACAAAGAUCAAUUCUAA